AUGUGGUCAGCAGCCUGUAACCAAGUGGUGAACUGCACAGACCCUGGCAUCCCGGCUAACUCCAUCAGGGAGAGUAAGAUAGAGCACGGUAACUUCACCCUGGGCAGUGUGGUGUUCUACACCUGUAACCCUGGAUACUACCUGUUCGGUUCCUCCGCACUGACCUGUCAACCUAUUGGCCACUGGGACAAACCUCUACCUGAAUGUCUUGAGGAGGACUGUGGGAACCCUGGCUCUCCUCCCUACGGUACCAUGGUUGGGGACAAGUUCUCGUUUGGCUCCACGGUUCAGUACUCCUGUUCAGGGGACAGAGAGCUGAUUGGAGAGGUAUCACUCACCUGUCAAAUCAAUGGACACUGGAGUGGACCCAUACCUCACUGUUCAG